AUGUUAGCCACGGCCUCAUUUUCGUCGCAUUACGACGCUCGGCCCAGAGCCCCCGCCAUGACCGAAGUUUCUCCAGCUCCCAUACCAGGUGCUGCAAUCUCCGCCGGGAGCAGACUCGAUCGAAAGCCCUCACGCGAUGCCCACAUGGAUGCCGACGAUCAGCACGCGGAUUGGGAGGAUGGAUCGAUGACGUCUUCUGCAGUUGCCUUGGGCAUCUCCGGCACUACCGACACCAUGAACACGGGCAUUCGAAGAUGCUGGUGGCCGGAAACAUGCCUGGAGGGAGUAUUAAUCGCCGCACAGCCGGUGAUAGUCAUAAGAAUGGCUCAUUGGAUGCUUCCUUGGGUAGCUGGCAUGAAGCGUCAACCUUCUCUAGAAGUCGCCUCGGGUAUCUCCAUCGUCGCUCCUAACGCGCUUAUCGCUAUCACAACGCCCACAACUAUCGCAACACCUACCGCAACAGCACCCACAGUUGAGAUGCUACCGCGCAAGCCUCCACCGGGAGCCCCGUCGAACGAACGCCCGCAUUGUACCCAAAACAAGCCCAAAUUAUCGGCGGCAGAGAACGGUCCUGGAAUGUCGCUGUCUAUGCCCUUACCGGAAGCCCCCUCACUUGAAUGUUAUUGCACGGGGCAUGUACGCGAGCAAACCACUGCUGGGGACGAUUACAACAACGGCGCAGUAGAUACUUGA